CUUCCUCCCCACCGCCGCCGCCUCUCGCUAUGAAUGCACGCCGGGCCCUGCUCUCCGCCGCCUUGCUCGCCAGCCUCCUCUGGGAUUUACCUUUCUGCCUCCCGGCUUCCCUCCCCACCGCCUCGGAGCUCGCCGCCUCUUCCAAAGGCGGACGGGGCCGCAGGGUGCCGCGGUCCCCACGGGAGAACCGCCCUCGGCAAGGCGGACACGCCGUGGGCCGGGCAUUCCCACGGGCGGAACCCCAUGAGUACAUGCUGUCUCUGUUCAGGACUUACUCCAUUGCAGAGAAACUGGGCAUCAACGCCAGCUUUUUUCAGUCGUCCAAAUCCGCCAACACCAUCACUAGUUUUGUAGACAAGGGACUAGACGAUCUCUCGCCCGCUCCCUUGAGGCGGCAGCAGUAUGUGUUUGAUGUAUCGACCCUCUCGGAGACGGAGGAGCUGGUGGGGGCCGAGCUGCGGCUCUUCCGCCGGGCCUCCCGCGCCCGCCCGCCGCCCGCCGCCCCGUUACUCAUGCAGCUCUUCCCCUGCCUGUCUCCGCGGCCUCUGGACUCACGCGUCCUGGACCCGCGGGCGGCCGCGGAAGCCGACUGGGAGGUCUUCGACGUGCGGCAGGGCCUGCGGGAGCAGCGGCCGUCGAAGCGGCUGUGCCUGGAGCUGCGGGCCUCAGCGGGCCGCGGGCCGCCGCGCUGGCUGGACCUGCGGGCCCUGGGCUUCGGGCGCCGGCCGCGACCGCCGCAGGAGCGGGCGCUGCUGGUGGUCUUCACCCGCGCCCGGCGGCGGAGCCUGCUUGGGGAGCUGCGAGCCGAGCUGGGCUCACCGCCGCCGCCGCCGCCUGCUGCCCGCCGGCCGCCGCCCCGGCGCCAGCGGCGCACCGCCUUCGCCAGCCGGCACGGGAAGCGGCACGGCAAGAAGUCCCGCCUGCGCUGCAGCAAGAAGCCGCUGCACGUCAACUUCAAGGAGCUGGGCUGGGACGACUGGAUUAUCGCCCCGCUGGAGUACGAGGCCCACCACUGCGAGGGGGUCUGCGACUUCCCACUGCGCUCCCACCUGGAGCCCACGAACCACGCCAUCAUUCAGACCCUCAUGAACUCCAUGGACCCCAGCUCCACACCGCCCAGCUGCUGCGUCCCCACUAAAUUGACUCCCAUCAGCAUCCUCUACAUCGACGCGGGCAACAACGUGGUGUACAAGCAGUACGAGGACAUGGUGGUGGAGUCCUGCGGCUGCAGGUAGCUGGCGGGACACCCCUCGGGGCUGCGUCUGGCGGAGAAGCGCCGGCGGUGGCGAGCGGGGACGGCCCGCGCCCGCCCGGAGCGGGCUCGGCGCGUA